AUGGAGGGACGUUAUGUGAAUGUUGUCAUGUCUGGACGUACAUCUAGUCUCCUCCUGUGUGAAGUGGAGGUCUAUGGGACAGAGAAUUUAGCAUUUAAAGGAACAGUGACACAGUCAUCCACAUUUGACAACUGGGAAACUCAACAUGCCAUAGAUGGUGUCAGAUAUGGACCAGACCCAUUUAUUAGCCCAUUCUGCUCUGGUACAGCAUAUGAGAGUAACCCAUGGUGGAGGCUGGACCUUCUGGAUUAUUGUAACAUUACUACAGUGAUCAUCAGUGCUAGACCAGACUGCUGCCAUGAAGAAACUAAUGGAGCAGAGAUUCGGAUUGGAAACUCACUGGAAAACAAUGGAAAUAACAAUCCCAUAUGUGCUGUGACUUCUGAUCUUCUAGUUGCUCAAACCAUCAGUUACUCAUGUCAAGGGAUGGAGGGACGUUAUGUGAAUGUAUUCUUGACUGGACGUACAUCUGUUUUCAGUCUGUGUGAGGUGGAGGUCUAUGGAAAACUUAUAGUUCACAGAAGAAAAACCUUUCUGAGGCUGAAAUUUUCCUCCAGUGGUGAUGUAGCUGCUGAGAGCGACACAAUCCUCCAUCAGCUCCAGUCUGCUCUGGGAUCACACGUCUCUGAUUUUAAACUGUCCUGGACACAACUACCCAAGAAAGAAGAAGAACUGCGAGCAGACAAAGCUUGA